AUGACGCGCGCUCAGCAAACCCUCUCGAUCCUCCUCCUUGUCUCUUCUCUCUAUCUCGUCCUAUACCUGGGACUCAUACCCCUGAACGAAACUGUCCAAAAUGAAAUCAUCCCGGUUGUACGUUCCUCUGCCGCGGUUCCGCUCGCUGUUUACAGCUGUCCAAGUUGCCCGCUGACCCUUGCGCGAUUUGCUCACCAGCUUCCCUUCUACGGCCUAAUAUGUUUCGCCUGCUACCUGGGUGGCCGACUAGGUCUGGCCAUCCUGACGUUCAACGACUGUCCCGAGGCACACCAGGAGUUGCAGAAGGAGAUUGAGCAGGCGAGGGCCGACCUGCGCACCAAGAACGUUGACGUUGACUAG